AGAAUAUCCCCAGUUAGAAAGGAUCCAUGAGGAUCACUGAGGCCAACCCCUGGCUACACACACAACCACCCAAAAACCAGACCAUAUGUCUGAGAGUGCCAUCCCAAUGCUUCGUGAACUCUAUCAAGCUUGGUGUCGUAACCCCUGCCUUGCAGAGCCUGUUCCUCUCCAUGAAGAGAGCUUACAAGAGGGGGACCAACUUUUCACAUGGUCUGAUAAUGACAGGACAAGGGGAAAUGGCUAUAUAAUAAAAGAGGGGAGAUCUGGGUUAGAUGUUAGGAGGAAAUUCCUUGCUCAGAGUGCGGUGAGGCAUUGGCACAGGCUGCCCAGAGAGCUGUGGUGCACUAUCCCUGGAGGCACUCAAGGCCGAGCUGGAUGGGGCCCUGGGCAGCCUGAGCUGGUAGGGGCAACCCAGGGGGGUUAGAAUGGGGUGGGUUUUAACAUCCCUUCCAACCCCUGCCACUCUAUUAUUCUAUGAUCACGUACGUAAACAAGAUUUAAAACUGACUAAACAUUCAAUCCUUGCAAAUAAUACCCUGGAAAUAGCAUAUCGGAGAGAACACCCUGCGUGGAGGCACUAAGAUGUACGACAUGAAAGCCGUGCAGCUGCAGGAUGAACGCAGAACAGAAAUUGCCCUGUGGGCUGCCUGGGGGAGGCUCACACCGAACAGGUGUCACUGAGGAGGUCUUCAUGUGGUUACAGCCAUAACGCUGCAGUAAGACAGGCAGACUGUUCGGAAAAUUAAAACUGAAAUGAUAAUUAAGCCUUAUUUAUCCCUCCGGUAGCAGCGCGGCUGCGCCCGGCCGGGCCCCAUUUGCCACGCGUCGCGCUGCCGCGGGCACGGCCCUGUGCACAAAGGGCGGCUUUGAGGAGCGGGCAGCUAAGCGCAGAGCCGCAGAAAACACCUCCAGGAGAUCCCCUCCUCCGGCAGCAACGUCUCCACUAGCUUCAGCUGGGAUUGGGACUCCAGCAAGACUUCCGAGUUCCUGUCGGGCAUGGGGGUGUCGGUGCUGAGGAAGGACAGGCUGGGCAACGAGAACACCCCGCAGGAGCCGCUGCUGCCGGCCUGCACGCCCCACAAACGGCCGAAGGUGAAGGAGAAGGAGUUCGUCAUCGUGCGCAGGCCUCGGCUGCUCCGAGAGGCAGAGCCAGGUGUUUCUUGGGAUGAACUUCCAGAUGAACUGCUAUUGGCAAUCUUUGCAUAUUUGCCCCUAAACGACUUGUUGAAAGUUUCCAUGAUUUGCAAGAGGUGGCAUCGUCUGUCGUUUGAUGAAUCUCUCUGGCAGACUCUUGAUCUGACUUGUAGAAGUCUGCUGCCAGGAGUUAUUGGACAAUUGCUACCUGCAGGUGUAACUGUGUUCCGCUGCCCAAGAUCUUGUAUUGGGAAUCCGCUGUUUAAAACCAUGAAACCUCUCAGAGUUCAACAUAUGGAUUUGUCAAAUUGCACAGUGUCUGUUGCAGAUCUCCAUAGUAUUCUUUGUCGUUGUGAGAGACUGGAGAACCUCAGCUUGGAGGGACUAGUGCUUUCUGAUGAUAUCAUCAAGAGCAUUGCUAAGAAUCCCAAUCUGAUACGACUAAAUCUCUGUGGGUGCUCAGGGUUUUCUGCAGAAGCCUUGGAGCUGAUGUUAAGCAGAUGUUCUAUGUUGGAAGAGCUGAACUUGUCCUGGUGUGACUUCACAGCCACUCAUGUCAAAACAGCAGUCAAUCACAUUACUUCAAAAGUAACCCAACUAAACUUAAGUGGAUACAGACAGAACCUACAAAUAUCAGAUGUUAAAACACUGGUGGAAAGAUGUCCUUUCCUUGUCCACUUAGAUCUAAGCGACAGCGUGAUGUUGAAGCCGGAGUGCUUCCAAUAUUUUCAUCAACUCAUCUUUCUGCAACAUCUGUGUCUUAGCCGAUGCUAUCAAAUAUCACCUGCUGCCUUAGUAGAACUUGGUGAAAUUCCAACAUUAAAGACUCUUCAGGUAUUUGGAAUAGUGACUGAUAGCUCCCUACAGCUCCUCAAGGAGACUCUUCCUGACAUGAAGAUCAAUUGUUCACAUUUUACAACUAUUGCAAGGCCAACUGUUGGCAGUAAAAAGAACCAUGAAAUUUGGGGUAUCAAAUGCAGGUUGUCACUGAGAAACCUUAGUGGCUAAUGAUCAUGUAUGAUGGAUGUUGUGGAUGCACUGUAUAGUGAAGCUCCUUGAGAAGCAGAAUGUCAGAGCACAUCCAAUCACAGUUCUGUUUUUAUAAAGUAUUGUAUCUUGGUCUUAUGCCGUAAUGUAGUUCUAGAAGUAUGUUUAUACUCUUAAAAAAAAGCUUUAGAAAUCUGAUGGAUAUGAAAGCAAUUGUAGAAACUUUUAAAAAAAUUUGUUUUAGGAAAGCUACUAAAAAAAAAUUGUGAAACAAUCACUGUAAUGAAACUGUUUCAGCCUUUAUUAAACUGCAUCUGGUUCUGAUGCAGCUAUGGUUGUUCUUAGGUGUUGUAAAGGUGCUUUUGAUUAACUCUUCUAGCUCUGCAACUCCUGGAAAGAUCAGCAGAGGUGCUAGAUGUCUUAGAAUUCUGCUGGUCUGGAGUUUACAGAACUCAAAUAAUGCUAUCAAAACUAUUAAAAUUAUUAACUGAGUGAUGUGUAUGCUAAGAUGAGAAGCUACCCCGUUUAGGAGAGGGACAGAGGAGUGAGUCUGAAUUCACUUGAACGUGGGAAUGGUAAGGGAGCAGUGGAAGGGAGGUCUACAGGAAAGCACUUAAGAGCUCCAUAUUGUAGAAGUAAGAAGCAGUACAAAGGAGUUGCUGUGAAGUUUUUCUUCAACAAGACUUCAUGUUGCUUUUCCUUGCUUAAGUGAGCUUAAGUUAGGAAUGUAAUCUCAAAACUUCUUACAUAGGGUCUUUGAGCUGCAGUUAGUAUAUUGGAAAAAAUUUUUGCAGGAGCAAGCAUCUUGGUUCUAGAACUCAGAGCAGCAAAACUGGGACUGCACUGUGAGAAUUAUGAGAGGAACUCCUUUGGUGCUAUUAAGAGACAUCCAUUUCUCUUUUAUUACAGCUUAAGUUUCUAGUAUCAUUUAACUUCCUGUAUCUUUUAACACUAGCAGGAAAACCUAACAUUGUCACA